UUCAAGCAAACUGAGGAUAUGAGUGAAGAGGAAGAAAUGGGGGAGGACAUUGAAGAAUCGGACAGAAUGGAGGAGGGCUUCUCUGAGCACAAAAGCGAAGAAGAAGAAAAAGAGGAACAGCAGGUGGAGGUGAACCCAGAAGCUGAGGAGUCCAGAACUGCUGUAGCGGGGGAUUCAGAGAGCUCUGCUCCAGAAAGCGAUGGAGCACUCAUCACCAGAGACAGGGGCAGUUUUGUCCUGGAAAGUGACAAUGUGGAUAAAUCCGAUGAAGGGAGCAGUUCUACUAUGCACGAGGCUGUGGAGGUCCAUGAGGUGGAAGAUGCCACAGCACCAUCAUUUGUGAGUUUCCACCGGUUUGGGGUGGGGGAACGGGAUGACUUUAGCAAACACAGAAAGACAUAG